AUAUAACAAUUAAUAUCUAAUUAAUUCUCUGUCAGUUAAAUCAUCAAUUAUAAGUGAAAAUUGAUAAACAUUUAGUUCCGUGAAUCAUCUAGAAAAUUCAUCUCGUGAUCAACGUUUCAAUGACCAGUCAACUUUCAUGGUCAAUCUCUGGUAACUGUAUCUUUUUUUUUGUUUAAUUUUGUUUAUUUUUCUUCAGUAAUUUACUAAUUUUUGGUAUUUUGAUUCUUUUUUAAUUGUUAAUUAGGAUUAUUAUCAGUUGAGUUUUUCUUCCAUCUGUAAGCGGAAUCCAAUUGCUGUUUGUUUUUCUCUACUUUGAAGGUUUUCCCGUUUUUAGGUCCCUUUUAGCCCUUUGUUUACUAUUAAUUGUAUGUUAUUGUUUCUUAUUUGAAACAAUUAUUGUUACACUUUUUCAGUUGUAUUCUAAUUGUUUGACAAUAUCUUGAAUAUUUUACUGACAAAUGAUGGACAGUCCAUGGUUACCUUUUCUCUUUGUCAUGUAUCGCCCAUUGAUACCUUUACAUGAUAUAAGUUGGUGGAAAUGAUUGUCUACCACCAAUUUCUGAUGAUAUUCAAAUUCCAAUUGUUUGAUUGUUUUGUUUUUCUCAGUCACUUAAAAAUUAACAAUCAAAGUUAUGACAGUUAAUUGUCUCUCAGUUUGAUGUGAUUUUCUAUCUGUCCACCUCCAUUUUUACCAAUAGAGAGAGAGAGCUACCAUAAGUGAUCAAAGGAUUGUAGAUUCAACCAUAAUUUUUGCCAACUUGGUAUUUUAUUCAUAAUUUAUUUUAUUCCUACCCAAACAAUAUAACCAUUAAUCACUUAAUUUUGAUCGAUAGGUAAACAUAUUUCAGUGAUGGAAAAUUGUUUAAUUGUUUUUCUCUUGAGUAUUGUGUUCAAUAUUUCUCAAGCUUUACCAACCUCAAAGCAAUUAAUUUCACCUCGACAAGGAGAUUAUCAUAUUGGCUCAAGAUAUGAUCCAUUUAAGGAAGCAAUUAACAGUGACCGUUUUCCAAUCAAUGGUGAUAAUAAAGAUUCUGGAGGUAAAUUAAUUAGUCCAGCACUUAGAUCUCCAUCUUUACUCCCAUGGGAAGAUGAUCCAGAAAUUGGUUAUGUAACAGAAAGACAACCAGAAACAACCAAAUCUUCAACUUCAUCUGAAUUAUUAACUUCAUCAACUUCAUCUUCUUUAUCACCAUCACCAUCUUCCCAAUCAACAACAAUAACGUCAACUCCGAUUUCAUCAACUGACCAUCGACCUGGAGGACACCAUAUAUUAUAACUGAAGGUUCAACUCAUCCAAUAACAACGACUAAAUUAUCAACGACCAAUACGAUUACAAGCUCAUCAACAUGGAAAACUCCUGAGAUGAUCAAAGUUACCAGUUCUACUACUAACAAACCAUCAACAAUUAUUUCAUCUACAACAACACCAACACCAACAUCAACUUUAGGAACAACUUAUUCACCUUUACCAUGGGAAGAGGAUUAUUUUGACAUCAUAAACAAUAAACCAACUCAGGCUCAACCUACAUUUAAGCCUUUUGAUCCACCAACAACAAUCAAAUUAACAUCAACUACAACAUCUAAAGCUCCAAUUAUAAUUACUACCACUACUCAAUCAGUUCCCAUCAAUGGUAAUGACGAUGAACCCAUUUUCAAUUUAAUUCAGUUUAGACCAGUUCUACAAAAUGAUCCAAACUGGCCAAAAUUUCCCUCCAAAUUUCCAACAACCAAAAAAUUUAAUUCUAGAUACAUAAAUCACCAUUAAUCCAGUUUUAAUCUUGACUACAACAAUUAACCUUCACCCUUUAACUAAUAACAUUUGUUUGGUUAACAUUCAGACUCCUAACACUUUUAACACCAACAACAACAGAUUAACUCAACUAACUAAAUUUAUACCGAUCAAUAAUUACUCAACUAUUCAUUUAUUGUAAUGAGUAAAAAAAACUAAUUCAAUCAAUUCCACUACAAUUUGAUGAACUAAAAAAGUUUUCAUCAAGAUGAAAAUAUCGAUACAUCGAACUACAGUUCGAACUUCACCUGAUAGAUGGCGUUGAAACUCGCACGUGUUUUUAAAUGUCUGGAAAAAAAUGUUUUCCUAAUUGAAGAUAAAUUCAAUUAAAUUGUUGAUACUUUUUUGUUCAA